AGUGACGUAUAUCAAAACCGGAACUCCACCAUAAUAAUUUGGGAAAAGUCACAUCUAGGAGUAAUUAUCCGUGGGGUUGUUGAAUUUCUCGGCACCAUGACUAUCUAUAAAGUCAUUCCACAAGACAAGAAGGAGGAGAAGAAACUUGUAGAAAAAGAUGUGCUGACUGUUCCCUUGACUGAAGCAGAGAAUAUAGAGCCAGUACAAAUCAAUGUGCGACAACAGCGGUCGAAAACCUGGCUGAAUCUGUUCCUCAUCCUUAUUGCCUUACUUGUUCUGGCAACAGGAGCAACUGCUGGCUAUUACCUGUACAAGAACCACAUGUCUCCCAGCAAGCUGAAGCAUGCCAAAGGUCGAUGCUCCUUUAUACUGAGGAAAACUGAGGAAGACCCCACAAGUCAGAUGUUUCAAGACACCAACAACCUGCAAAAGAUUGAUGAUGGCGGUCUUACCAUUCCAGACCGGCUUCCAGCUCGCAAACACCAUCAUCGCAAGCACCGUAAACACCAUCACGGGUCACUCUUCACCACUGUCAAAAUGGAGGAGGUGAUCGAGGUCACUGACAACGUUUUUGAGCGCAUCAGUAUGCCAGAAAUAGAUGAUAUUCUCAAGUCUCUUAUCCUGCAUGACUUUGAAAGGAACAAGUCUGCCAUUGUGGAUUACAAUGACAAAGUGUGCUAUGUGAUGAAUCUGAACCGAAAUGAAGUGUCACCCCCAAGGAACCUCAUCGACCUCCUCAACAAAAUCAAUACUGGUUACUACCUUCCGAGAGCAAAUAUCCUGAGGAGGAAGUACCGAGUGGUGAGUCCUGCCCUGGAGAACAUCACUUACCUUGGUCCAUACAUUGUCAAUGAAUGCAGUACAUACAAGACCUUUCAGCUGAUGAGGCUGGCAGGAGAUGAUGAAAUGAUGCGCAGACUCAUUGUGAAGAGAAGUGCUGGGGAGGUCUUACAAGAGAGGAAAUAUGGCUACUACGAUGAUUUGACAAAAUCCCUGAUGAAGUACGACAUCUUCCUGCCAACUGUGCAGAGCUACGACUAAGGAUACGAUAGCAGAGGAUUCACAGUGUACAUAUAUAGCCCCCAGAUAAUGGCCAACAUCAUAUAUAGCUAGGAUUUACAAACUCAGCACAACACCAGUCCGAGCUGUGGAGGAGAGUCAGCUGUGGAGGUUGUAUAUGAACAAAGCUGAGAAAAAAGGAUUCAGCUUGUAAACUUCAUGAUAAAGAGUUACUU